CGUUAAAAUUGGGCCCGAGAUUUUUCCACAUACAGACAGCACACAACCACUUGCAAUUCAUCUCCGCAAGGAAGACGAACGAGUUGUGCUGGAACUGUGAAAGAGAAAGGAGAUACUAAAUCGUAAUUAGUAAAAUUUUCAGUCAAUCCACCAUAUCUAUAUAUAUAUUAUCCAUAGCUUGUGUGCAUAUCUCGGUUGAAGUUGAAAAAUCUGUGGCGGAGUAAUUGGAGUGGUGUGGGGGUGGAGAAAGAUCAAAGAUGCGAGGACGAUGUGGAAGGAGAUUAAAGAGAGAGAGUUCGGGAACGUUCGCCCUAAUUUGUUCAGUAGUCGCAUUUCCAAAUCUCGUGUUUCGUCCAUCCAGCUUUCCAAUUACAAGGAAAUCCUCUCCUCUCACCGCGGCUCCGUCAACUCCCUUCAGGUCGAUUUGACCGAGAGCCGAUAUCUACUGGCUGGUGCAUCAGAUGCAAGUGUUGCGGUUUAUGAUAUUCAGCGUGCAACAGAUCACGACGAACGCAACCUAAUUGCAAAGCACAAGCCCUUGUUUGUCUUGAACAAGCAACAUGAGCAUGGCCAUAAAUAUGCCAUAUCGUCAGCCAUCUGGUAUCCAAUUGACACGGGGUUGUUCGUCACUGGUUCGUAUGAUCAUCACAUCAAUGUUUGGGAUACAAAUACCACACAAGUUGUGAUGAACUUUAAAAUGCCUGGGAAGGUUUAUAGAACUGCUAUGUCUUCAAUAGCAAGAUCUCACAUGUUAGUUGCUGCUGGAACUGAAGAUGUCCAAGUUCGACUAUGUGAUAUUGCCUCUGGAGCUUUUGCUCACACUUUGUCUGGUCAUCGUGAUGGAGUAAUGUCAUUGGAAUGGUCUACUUCUAGUGAGUGGGUUUUGAUAACUGGAGGAUGUGACGGUGCCAUACGUUUUUGGGACAUCAGGCGAGCUGGAUGUUUUCGUGUCUUGGAUCAAUCCUGCUCUCAGUUUGGAAGACGUCAGCCUCUCCUUUUGCGUCCAACCACAAAUAAGGUCACCAAUUUCAAAUCUUCACCAGCAAGCCAAAGUUCAUCUGCAAAAGUCCGAGCACAUCACAGAAAAUCAGCUAAUGGAAGUGCUUUAAAACCCCAUACUGUUGGUAGGAUUUCUAGUCUAGUUAAAACUGCAAAACAGAGAUCACAUCCUGGAAUGCUAUCAAGUCAUGAUCGCGCCACAGCCCAUUAUGGUGUUGUAACUGGAUUAAAGGUGACUGGAGACGGCAUGUAUCUUCUAAGUGCAGGUUCUGAUUCAAGAUUGAGACUAUGGGACAUAGAAUCUGGGUGUAAUACGCUUGUAAACUUCGAAACUACUCGUCUACAAAGCAGCAAGGCUAUACAAAUGGCUGUGACCCAGGAUUCGACUCUUGCUUUUGUCCCAUGCAUGGCUAUUACGAAAGUCUUUGAUAUUUGGUCUGGCCAAACAAAGUCCACUUUUCGUGGCCACUAUGAAAAUGUCAACUGCUGUUGCUACAAUGCAUUAGAUCAGGAGUUAUACACUGGUGGUAAUGAUCGGCAAAUUCUCGUGUGGUCCCCACCCAAAUUCGUAUCUGAUGAAACGGGUGAAGGGAAGAAUGGUAAGGCUGCUGCAACAGAUGACCAGGAUAACUGGAGUGAUUAAGGUUUAAUCUUAUUUCUUGGUCAUCUGCUUUCUACUUUUCUUCUACGUGUACAUAGUGUGCUGUACUACUCUUAGACGUUCGUUUAAGGUAACUGAAAAUAUACAGGAUAAGUGAUGAAUUUGCUUGAUAAUCUCUUGUCCCCCAUCAUUGUCGGUGAUGGAGAAGGGUUUUACCCUGUAAAAUUGGUUUGCUAGUCGUGUUUUCUUCGAACGUAGUUGUUUCAUAGUUUCCACUUUGUGUCCGUGCGUGCAACCCUAGUUUUCCUUGCAAGUUUCAGAACUUGAAGAUGUCUGAUUUUAUUACAUUUUUUUAUUUUUUGUUGGUUUUCAGUUUUAGCACCAUAUAUUCCAAGAUACUCAUUUUUAUUUCUAUAUGAUUUCUCCUUUUCUUUUA